CUGAAGGAGAAACUUUCCUCUUCCACUAAUUAUUGCAAUAAUAAUGGCGCCCCUGACCUGAGACAAGAGGGCAGCGAGGGGUUCAUUGGGAUUUUGCGGAUUUUCGGACCUUGCAAUCAUGAAGUCCUGGAGACGGCUGGUGAGGACCUUCAGCUUUUCGCAGGGCUCCACCAAGUCCUCCAGAAGUAGCCAGUCCCGCCGCAGACCAUCCAGGAGCUUGAGCUUGAUGCACACCAUGGAGGACAGCUGUGAGUUGGAUCUCAUCUAUAUCACAGAGCGGAUCAUCUCCGUCACCUUCUCUGCAGGGACAGAAGAGGCCAACUUCUGCCGAAACCUCAAGGAGGUGGCACAUAUGCUGAAAUCCAAACAUGGGGACAACUACCUGAUCUUCAAUUUAUCCGAGAGAAGACAUGACAUCAGCAAGUUACAUUCUAAGGUGCUGGAUUUUGGGUGGCCAGACGUGCACGCCCCAGCACUCGAGAAGGUCUGCAGCAUCUGUAAAGCAAUGGACACCUGGCUGAACGCUGAUCCUCACAACGUGGUCGUCAUCCACAAUAAAGGGAACCGUGGACGGACUGGUGUGGUCGUUGCAGCAUACAUGCACUACAGCAAUAUAUCUGCCAGUGCAGACCAGGCCCUGGACAGAUUUGCCAUGAGACGGUUUUACGAAGAUAAAGUUCUCCCCGUUGGUCAGCCGUCCCAGAAAAGGUAUAUCCAUUAUUUCAGCGGUCUGCUGUCCGGGGCCAUCAAGAUGAAUAACAAACCGCUGUUUCUCCACCACGUCAUCAUGCACGGGAUCCCAAACUUUGAGUCGAAAGGAGGAUGUCGACCGUUCCUGAAGAUCUAUCAGGCCAUGCAGCCCGUCUACACCUCCGGAAUAUACAACGUGCAAGGAGAUAGUCAGACCAGUAUCUGCAUCACCAUAGAGCCGGGGCUGCUGCUUAAAGGCGACAUCUUGCUAAAAUGUUACCACAAGAAGUAUCGCAGCCCGACACGUGACGUCAUAUUCCGCGUGCAGUUCCACACAUGCGCCAUCCACGAUCUGGGGGUCGUGUUUGGGAAGGAAGAUUUGGAUGAAGCGUUUAAAGAUGAAAGGUUCCCAGAAUAUGGGAAAGUGGAGUUCGUCUUCUCUUACGGUCCCGAGAAGAUACAAGGGAUGGAACAUUUGGAGAACGGCCCGAGUGUCUCUGUUGACUAUAACACUUCUGAUCCGCUGAUCCGUUGGGACUCUUAUGAUAAUUUCGAUGCGCAUCGGGAGGAUAGUCUGGAAGAAGUCGGACAUACCCAAGGACCUCUGGAUGGAAGUUUGUAUGCCAGAGUGAAAAAGAAAGACUCGACCAACGGGAGUACCAGCACGGUCAACGCUAGUGGCAUCCCUAUCUCUUCUGCUCCCAAUCACAUUGAACACACCUUAUCGGUGAGCAGCGAUUCGGGCAAUUCUACGGCUUCAACAAAGACUGACAAAACAGAUGAGCAGGUGGCCAAUGCGGUCUCUAACCAAGGGUUGACGCCCGAGGAAAAACAAGAGCUCGAAAGGCUUCUCGUUGGCUUUGGCUUGGACUCUGACACCCAGAUGCACAAUUUAAAUCCCAGCACAGCUGUCACAGGAGCCAUGUUACAUGUGGUGCCAGCUCAGGUUCACGUCAAUGGGACCAGUAUGUCCCCACCAGCUGAAAGGGAGACAGACAUCCUAGAUGAUGACCUACCCAACCACGAUGGACACAGUGUUGGAAGUUUGGGUACAAUGUCCUCUUUUGACGGUGCCCCUCAUGUCAAUGAGACCGGCUAUCAUCAGUCUCCACAUAUGAACAUGGUCAAUGGUCCAGCCAUCAUCAAUGGCAUAGAGAAGCUGCAUAAGCAUGGCUAUCCUGGUAAGGAGACUUUAAUUAAUGGUGGAUAUCCAUACAACAACCAGAACGUCUUAAAAACUACCGCUACACCUUAUUCUCCAGAUGUUGGCCAUCAGAUGAGACCUUCCCUAUCCGCCCAAGAUAACCUGUCCUCUUACCAAGUUAACCAACCAGCAAUAUCCGGAUGGGGACAACCCCAACCAGACACAGUAACCCAAAAGCACUUAUACUAUUAUGACCCCAAUGGGAUGUACCGAUCUCAGUCUUUCACAAAUGCAGAACCGGCAAAGUAUGAAGUCGGUUCACAGCUGCCUCAAGCACCAGCCAGAAGCGUAAGCAGCAGAGAAGCUGUACAGAGGGGUCUUAACUCAUGGCAACAAGGUGGCAGCCGUCCACCCUCCCGUCAGCAGGAGGAGAAUCAAAUGGUGACCCCAACUUCCCAGCCAAGCACUUUUCAGACUGUUCCCCAGAGUCACAGUAUCCCAGAGUUCCCCACUUUGGCCUCCCAGAAGGAGAUUGAACAGUCAAUCGAAGCACUUAACAUGCUAAUGUUGGACCUUGAUCCUUCAUUCUCACAGAUGCACAAAUCACAGAGUGUACCUGUAGCCCCAAAAGAGGACAAAACUAUGCCAGUAACGGGUUCGCAAUCCGCCCAACCGGCGCUGAGUAUCUACAGCCAGCCAUCUCCACAGGUGGCAUCUCCAAGACCAAGCAAUGCAUAUGAGCUGUCAUCACCUGGUAGCCUGCCAUCUGCUCCUGUUAGCCAGGCUCAUACACCUGUGGAGCAAGCUCCAAGGUCUUAUUCCUUGGAAGCCAUGAGGCCCACUGACACAGCUCGACCUUUGAAUGAGUACAGGGAGCCAUAUUCAUCUGGAACCUAUUCUCCAUAUGGAUAUCAGACCCAACAGGCUCCUUCAAAUUUAGUAAGAAGUUACAGCUAUGGGACUACUCCCUCAUCAUCUAUCCCACCACUGUCUGCCUUCAUGCAGAGCAGUCCACAGCAAACUACUGUACCAUCUCCAGUACCUCCUGCAGUCACCCCUCAGGUUCAAGCCCGGGAAGCCCCAGAGGACGAGAACUACAAUCUGGGAGGUCUUGUCGCCCACAGAGUUGCAGAGUACAACAGCAAACUCCGGAAUAUCUGCACAAGUAUGAACACCCCUCAUACACCCACGCUUCAGCGCCAGCGCUCCUUCACUUUCUCUGGUGUGCAGACCCGUGACAAGACCCCAGACGAGAUUGUAAGUGUGACCCGCAGGAGGACGACCAGUGAGGGGCAAUAUGAAGAUAACGGCCCCGACCCCACGUCUGCCUACAGUCCCACUAAAGUGCGCUCCCCGGUGCGAUGCGUCUCGCCAGAAGUCUUCAACACCAUCGCAGCCAAUCCAGGAGGGAGACCUAAGGAGCCUCAUCUGCACAGCUACAAGGAGGCCUUUGAAGAGAUGGAUAUCCCACCCCCUGCCAUCAGCCCGACGGGCACAGUGGCUCGUUCUCCACCAGGUUUGGCCAAGACUCCUCUGUCAGCUCUGGGGUUAAAGCCUCACAACCCGGCGGACAUCAUGCUGCACCAGUCAGGAGAGAUGGAAACAUUCAUUAAUGGGUACGGGGAAGAGCCACGGAGCUACGUUGAAUCUGUGGCGCGGACGGCUGCCCCCCCAUCACCCAGCGCACCCCAAACCUAUCAGACAGACAACCUGACAAGGAACGGAGGAUACCCCAUUCCCUUCACAAGCCCGAGCCCGAUUUCUACCAGCAGCCCCAUACACAGCACUGACGGGGUGUCUGUACGAGGGUGCCCGUCAGCAGAAGGCAGUGUCCGUAUUCCCAGUCCUGCCCAUCCAUCUACAGAUUCCAGUUUCAGGUCCACCAGUUUGUCACAGCCUUCGCCACAAAGCAGUUACCACAACGCAUCACCCACUCCCCCGACCAUGACACCCCUUGCUGGAACCCCCCUCAGCUCAUAUGAAGGCUACUCCUAUAGCCCAAAUAAUGUCAUCACGCAGACAGAUGGGUUCUCUGGGAUGCCAAUGGCCGGGCAUGUGGUUCAUGGCAGCCCCCAACCUCUGCACAGAACAGUGGGCACAAACACAGUGGGCACAAACACCCCCCCGAGCCCAGGCUUUGCACGGAGGGUGGUCACUCCAACUAUGUCCAAUGCGUCUGGGAGUCCAAGCAUGAGCAGACACCCGUUUCCGGGGCACAGUGGCGGUGCAGCAAUCCCGGGCAGUCCUAGUUUAACUCGCCACCAGGCUGUGAUGACAGGGAGUUCACCGGUGACACCUGGGAGCCCCAGCAUGGAGCGACAUGUCAUAUAUGGGUUCUCCGCCCCCGAGGAACGACGGCCAACAUUAUCGCGGCAGAGCAGCGCGUCGGGAUACCAGGCUCCACCUACUCCGAGCUUCCCAGUGUCUCCUGCCUACUACCAAGGCAUUGGCAGCCCAUCUUCCUCUUCACCAGACUCUACCCUGUACCGGCAGGGAAGCCCCGUGCAGCAGCCAUUGCUGCCCGAGAAACGGAGGAUGUCAUCAGGAGAUAGGUCCAACAGCUUGCCGAAUUACUCCACACUGAAUGGGAAGGCUUCUUCACCCAUGUCGAGUGGGAUGUCCAGCCCCAGCGGUGGAAGCACCAUGACAUUUACACACACGUUACCAGAUUUCUCCAAGUUCUCAAUGCCAGAUGGAAGCCCAGAAACGCGAGCAAAUGUCAAAUUUGUACAAGACACAUCCAAGUAUUGGUACAAGCCUGAGAUCUCUCGAGAUCAAGCAAUCACUUUACUGAAAGACCGAGAACCUGGUGCCUUCAUCAUUCGGGACAGCCACUCGUUCAGAGGGGCCUAUGGACUCGCCAUGAAAGUUGCCACCCCUCCUCCCACCCCUGCCCAGCCAAGCAAGAAAGGAGAUGCCACUAAUGAGCUGGUGAGACAUUUCCUGAUAGAGACCAGCCCCCGAGGAGUAAAAUUAAAGGGAUGUCCCAAUGAGCCAUAUUUUGGCUGCCUGUCUGCACUGGUGUAUCAGCACUCUAUCACGCCCCUGGCACUGCCCUGCAAGCUGGUCAUACCCAGCCGAGAUCCAUCAGAUGAGACCAGGGAAACUGCCACCCCCACCAACACCACCAGUGACCUACUGAAACAAGGAGCAGCCUGCAACGUGCUGUUUGUCAAUUCAAUUGACAUGGAAUCACUAACAGGACCUCAGGCCAUUGCCAAGACCAUUGCAGAGACACUGUCCGCUGACCCCCAACCCACUGCAACUAUUGUUCACUUUAAAGUCUCUGCUCAAGGCAUCACCUUGACCGACAAUCAGAGAAAGCUGUUUUUCAGGAGACAUUAUCCACUGAACACGAUCACAUUUUGUGAUUUGGAUCCUCAGGAGAGGAAGUGGAUGAAGACAGAUGGGACCCCGGCUAAAUUAUUCGGCUUUGUGGCCAGAAAACAAGGAAGCACGACCGACAACGUCUGCCACCUGUUCGCCGAGCUGGAUCCCAUCCAACCGGCCACUGCCAUCGUCAACUUUGUCUCUCGUGUGAUCGGCUUACAAAAAAGAUGAACUCCUCCCGCCCUGCGUCCCCUGUCCGUGAACCAGCCUGAUGUCUGAAAUAUAGACUCUUAAGAUGGCAAGAGAGAAAGUGCAUUAUGGGAAAAGGGAAGUGAUGUGGGGUCCAUUUACUCCAACGGGAGGAUAAGCAACAAACCAAAAACAAAACCCUGAAAUAAUAAGCAAAAGAACAGUUGACGCAAAUGAGGAAAUGGCGGUAUCACUGCGUUCCCUCGAACAGUUGCCAGCGCGGCGGCUGAGAUCUUAUUGGCUCAUGGGUCGGCUCAUCGACAGCAUUAUAACCCUGAGGUGUUUCUUUUACUCGACAAUACCGUACUGCAGAUACUAAAGGAUAUAUACAGCUAUAUAAGUGCAUAUAUAAACCCUACGUAGCGUACACAGAAUUUAUACUGAAUUGUCUAGAAAUCUAUUAUAAUGAGGUUAUAUUUUGUAUAAAUGCGUUGAUUGUACAGAG